AUGGCGGCAUAUUGGCGAAAUCUGGUAACUGUAUCGCUCACCGGGCUGCUGUUCUUCGCCAUCGCCGAGAGAAGUCCGCCCGUCGCCCUGGCGUACAGCAGCUUCAAAAAGAAGCUCACGCCCAUCCCCUUCCCUAACGCGACCGAUCCAGACCCCCCCAAACCGUGGACCUGCGAUAUUUCCUCUGGCAGCUGGACACCUUCCGCGAACCUUCCUCUCUACACCGGGCUGACGUGUCCCUACAUCCGCUCAGGCCACAACUGCCAGAGCGCGGGGCGCUCCGAUAUGAGCUAUCAGAAGCUGCGCUGGCGGCCGUGGGGAUGCAAGGUGGUGCAAUUGACGCCCCCGCGCCUGCUCACUCUCUUCCGCAAUAAAGCGGUGGUUGUGUUCGGCGACAGCGUCUCAAAGGACCUCUCCACGUCGCUGCGCUGCAUGCUCCCACGCUCACACCAUUCCCUCGCCUCCCUUUCCUUUCACCCGCCUCUCCCUUUCCACACAACAGCCUUGGGGCCGUGGGGGUGCAGGGUGGUGCAGCUCACCCCUCAGAGACUUCUCAACUUGUUCCGCAACAAGACAGUGGUCGUGUUUGGCGACAGCGUCUCAAAGGACCUCUCCACGUCGCUGCGCUGCAUGCUGCACGCGGCUUCCCCCAACUUCUCGCGAUUCAAGCUCGCAGGGGGGGAGACGAGAGUGUGGGGCGAGAAGGUGGAACCGCAGAACAUUCGCAUAGUGUCGCUCUUCUCCUCGCACCUCAACGAUAUUGGGUUCAUUCCUGAUGCAUCCCAACCUCCUUCAGCUGCUGCUGCUGCUGCUGGUGUUGAUGCUGCUGCUGCUGGUGCUGGUGGUGUUGGUGCUAAUGGUGCUGGUGCUGGUCGUGGUGUUGCCCAGGCGCAGCAGCAAGCACGUCGAGUCUUCCUAGACCAGAUCGACCCGAAGAUUAAAGACCUGCUCCCUAAAGCCGACAUAGUUAUUUUCCAGGCGACUAAUUGGUGGUAUGCUGAGGACAACCAGUGGUUCCUGGGCGGCAAGCAGCAGAAAAUCUCCCGAAGCUCCGCUUAUGCGAUCGGGCUAGCGACUUUGAGAGACCAUGUGGCGCGGUCGGGGUUUCAAGGGAAGGCGGUGGUGAUGGGUGUGUCUCCGUCGCACUAUAUCGUGCCGGUGCCAGGGAUAAAGAAGGGAAAAUGCGACGUCAACAGCCGUCUUGACUGGAACCAGACAAAGGAAGCGAGGAGGAUGGACACCCGAUCGUUCGAAAUGCGCAAGGUGCAGCUGCAGGUGGUAACACCGGAAAGCAAGAUUGUCUGCACUGGUGUGAAGCUGGAGUAA